GGCGCGUGUAUCGUGCGCGCACCCGCGAACCCCAGAAAUGGCCCGAAGAGCAGCGCGCCCCCGUGCCAGCCUAGCGUCUUUUUACUUUAAUUUCUGUCUGUGUGAUUAAAGUUUUGACGUUUUCCGGUGACUUUUUCGACCAGGACACGUUGUUUAGGGGGACUCGUUGGCUUUUAUUGGCUUUGAGAUUGCUUUUUCCCCCUCUCUGUUCCUUUAUUUUGGUCUUUAUAGUUGCGAAGCUGACGGAUAUGUUCCGGUGACUCUGUUUUUCUGUCGGGGAAAUUCACUGCCAAAAGAUCAAAAUUUACUUUCCGACUGACGUGCAUCGGGGAUACCAGAUUUGGGGACGGUCCAGUUUAAUGGAUCAGCGCUUCGGAAGCCGAGUCUACAUUAUGCCAGGCGAAGGCGGGUGUGUCCAACUGGUAUUGAACUCCAGUUAAAAUAUACACCAAACACGACCAAUAAAUGAGGAAAAGUUGCAUGCUUUGUGAAGCGUCCGUUCUCGCGGCAAUAUUUUCCUUCUCCUCCUCUUGCCCCGCGCGUUUGUGUACCGAUGUAUAUAAACUGAUGUCAAAGCCAGAGGUUUGUGUAGUUAGCAUGCCUCAGCAUAACAUAAACAGUAAAAAUCGUUGCGAGCUUCAUUGCUUUCAGCAGCUGCAAUUAAUACCGUAUUCUCUUCCCUUUUUUCUGCAAACCCUCCAUAUUGCGAUGCUUUCCGAAAGGUCCCUUUUCGUGCCCUAACGCGAAUUUCUAUUAAGUUUUUGCAAAGACGUGGACUACUUUAAAGUAGCCUAUUUCAUUAAAGAAAUUAGCUUAUGUAAAUGUAUACAUACUAGCCAUCUAUUACAACGCGUGUACUUAGAAAUACACAGGCGUUUGUUUUAAAUGAGAACGUUUUUGGUCGGAUAUUGCUUUGUUACUGUAUCUUUUUUUGUUGCUACGUUUCUGGUCCAACGCGCCGGCGCGCCUUUCGUUUUAAUGCACGGAUGGAUGUAACGCACUAAGAUAUUUAACUUGGUUUCAAGCUCGUUUACUAUGUACUUAGGAUGGAGAGUAAAUAGUCAAAACGCGUUUCGCUCCGAGAAGCCGGGGCAGAGCGAGCAGAGUAGAAGGGGGGGAAAUCUGCAAAGUUAGCAGGAAAACAGGCCAUCAAAAUCACGGAAACCACCGCGUCCCCUUUCCUCGCUUUUUCGGCUCCAGAUGGAUUUAAUAAUAGCGACUGAAUUCCUUCCAAACCUUUUGCUUUAGAUGCGCAUCGCACCUUUCUCACAUGCUCGGAGUUUUUCCCCCCAUAUAUACAACUUUUGGGACAUUAGCGUUUCUCCUGUAUAUAUUUUAAUAACAAUCUGUGUUUUGAAUGUGGGCCAGUAAACAUACUGUCGCCUAAAAACGACGGACAUUUCCUUCCCCCCCCCUAAGUUUCGUGGAUUGGUGCCAAAGACACUUUUAAGUUACUUGCUCAUAGUAAUUUCUGUUUUAUGUUUAUGAACUAUGUAGAGAACUUUGUCUACAAAUGAAUGCAUAUUUUAUUUGCAAGGGCAGGCUGUUAGACACGCCAUCAGUCAUCUGAACGGAGGAUAUUCAUAUUCAUACCCGGACUGUUCGCUCUUAAGUGGAUGUGAAUACAAAAGCCGGGCAAGUUUAUGAUGGCUUUCGCUGCCUCGUCCCUCUCCGGUCACUCGCUCAGCGGUACGUCGAGUACGAUAAGCGGGGAUCCCAAGUAAGGAUGAGCUUCUGGAGAUAGUGGCUGUUCGUCUUCGGAAUCGGGGCUUCGCACCAAACGACGCCCGGCGGAGUGACCAACCUCAUCGGGUUCGCUGGGCUCCAAGGUCCGCGGCUCCAUCCCAGCCGGCUGUUAAUGGGUGGUGCUGGCGGACCGACCCUCUGAAGAUCUCAUUGCAGCUUGGGAACGGCGGCCACCCUCUGCAAAAAUGAACGAGCGACAGGCUCUCCACUCCAUCAUGAAGGACCUUGUGGCUCUGCAGAUGACCCGGCGCAGCCAAGCCCCGCCCACUUUCGAUAUGGGCAAACCCAAGCCCAGCUGUCCCCCCAAAAGACAGGAUGAUGUCAGAAUCAAGUUUGAAUUUUGUGGGGAAAGGAGGAUCCUGAUGUUUGGACGUCCGGUGCAGUUCGAUGAGGUCAGACAGAAGGUCCUCGCAGUCUUUGGCCAGCAGUUGGACCUGCACUACAUGACCAAUGAGCUGUCCAUCCCUCUGCGCAGUCAGGAUGACCUGGACAAGGCUAUCGACCUGCUGGACCGCAGCUCCAACAUGAAGAGCAUCAAGAUCCAGUUGCUGGCCCAGGAGCAUAAUAAUGCCCCCAGCCCCUCCCACAGCUCGGUGUGUAAACAGGUGCGCAUCAAAGGCUCCCAGUCUAUGGGAGAUGUCAACACCACCUACCAGUCCUCCGAGCCUAGGGGGCGCCACCUCUCAUCCAGCUCCCAGAACACGGGCCGCAGCUCCCCGCCGCCUGGAUACGUCCCCGAGCGGCAACAACGUAUCGCCCGUCAGGGCUCCUACACCAGCAUCAACAGCGAGGGCGAGUUCAUCCCCGAGACCAGCGACCAGUGUGUCCUGGACCCCUGGAGCAGUGCUGAGAACUCCGUGUCGGGCAGCUGCCAGUCCCUGGACAGCAACUCGGACAGCCCAUCACUCAGGAAGUCUCGCAUGUACCGAGCCAAGAGCUACCCGGAUAACCGGCAGGACCUCUCGGACCGUGAAAACCACAUCUACGACAAGGUAGUAGGAAAGGGAGGCACUUAUCCCCGGAGAUACCACGUCUCGCUGCAGCACAAGGACCAUGCCGAGGGUCGGGGUACCUUCCCUCGGAUCCGUCGCCCCCAGGGCAACUUGUUCACCCUGGUGCCAUCAAGGCGAACCCUCAAUGGCAGCGAGGAGAGCCUGGGCUCUGGCUGGCAGCUGGAUACCCAGGGCCGGCUUCGCCCCCAGGACCGCACCGUGCCCCACAAGUCCCCUAGUGCCCCCUUGACGUGGAGGCGUGGGAAGCUUCUGGGUCAGGGAGCUUUCGGGAGGGUGUACCUCUGCUACGAUGUCGACACGGGCCGAGAGCUGGCGGCCAAGCAGGUCCAGUUUGACCCCGACAGUCCCGAGACCAGCAAGGAGGUAAGCGCUCUGGAGUGUGAAAUCCAGUUACUGAAGAAUCUCCACCAUGAGAGAAUCGUGCAGUACUACGGCUGCCUGCGGGACCACGGGGAGAAGACGCUCACCAUCUUCAUGGAGUACAUGCCUGGGGGCUCGGUGAAGGACCAGCUAAAAGCCUACGGUGCCCUAACGGAGAACGUCACCCGGAAGUACACCCGACAGAUCCUGGAGGGAAUGUCCUUCCUGCACAGUAACAUGAUUGUCCAUCGUGACAUCAAAGGUGCCAACAUCCUGCGGGACUCUGUGGGGAAUGUGAAGCUGGGGGACUUUGGCGCUAGCAAGAGGCUGCAGACCAUCUGCAUGUCCAGCACUGGCAUCCGCUCUGUGACUGGCACCCCCUACUGGAUGAGCCCGGAAGUGAUCAGUGGAGAAGGUUACGGCAGAAAAGCUGAUGUAUGGAGCUUGGGGUGCACAGUGGUGGAAAUGCUGACUGAGAAGCCACCGUGGGCAGAGUAUGAGGCUAUGGCUGCCAUCUUCAAGAUUGCCACGCAGCCCACCAACCCCACGCUGCCUUCCCAUACGUCAGAGCAGACACGUGACUUUGUGCGGCGCAUCUUUGUGGAGGCCAGACAUCGGCCGAGCGCUGAGGAGCUCCUUAGGCAUUCCUUCUCGCAGAUCCUGUGCUGAGGCUCCUCCCCUUUUCCAUUCUGCCCCGCCCCCCUGAACAAUAAACCCCACCCCCUCAGACUCCCCUCUCAAGGGGAUGACGCACACCCUCACGAGCCUCCCAGGACCUGGGAGGCUAACUGCUCAUUUUUUUGAUGUGUGUCAGACUGCUGCAGAGUUAGCUCACCACGGUGAGGGAAGCUUCGACCUCCCACGAUGGAUGGGACCGGAAGAGAUCCGUCUGCAAGCUAAAUGUGCCUUGUUGGAAUUUGCCAGUGUCUUUCCAAAGCUUUGUGUUUACACUCCCGUGGUGCCUCCUACCAUUUGCCGAGACGGAUGAGAGGAACAAGGUGGCCCUCGCUCUUUAGAACCCCGGGGGUCGCAGUCAGUAUUAACCACUCUCCAGGAUUAGCAUUAGCCGUGCAACCCUCCAUCAGUCUGAUUGGUGGAGGGCGGUGCUGGUUUACUGGCCCGACAUGGCAAGUCGUGCUGGAUUAUUGAAUGUUCUCAAGAAGGAUUCUAUGCUUCAAACUUUUUCACCACCGUUGGGCCAAUACCAUCCUUUUUUAUAACUUAUUUCAUUGCCUUUGGUUUUGUCACUGAAAGAAAUGUCUUCAUUGUCCGUUCUUUUCUGGGCUGGCCUGUGUGAGCCCCCCCCAGACCUGAUUUGUAUCCUAUCGCCAAACAGCUGCAGCAGUGCCUUCAGUAUAUCCCAGCUCGAAGCCUCCAACCUGGCCAGGUCUUUCAGCCAUAUUCCUGUAGGGUCCAAUCAGGCAGGAGGCCUCACCUGCCACAUGUGUUUCGGUUCUGUACCUUUUUGCUAAUGCUGAUGUACCAAAGAGUGUUUUGAUCAUGUGAUGGGAAAAGAUGACGGUAGGGUGUCCUCCUUGGGGGAGGGGUGACCUGGACCUUACCCUUACUGCCCCCCCAGUCAUUAAAAUAAAAUGCGAUGGGUAAGGAUUUAUGUUCAGGUUCCAUGAAUAAUCACAAAUACAGCUGCUACAUCACGCCGGCACCCAAACGUGAACUUCUCAAACUAAAGAACAUCAUCUAGCGUAGCUUUCAUGGGACAGAAGCUUGUAUUUAGCCCUUCACAGAAAACAAUGGCCCAGGCAAUCUCUAGACGAUCUACAGGAGAAGUACCCGUCCCACGCAUAAACGUCAGAGCCCGUCAUCAGGAAAUAUCUUGGUGUGAAUACAGAUAGCAGUCAGACCUGUUCUUCGGGUGAGAAGCACUUCCUUGAUUUACUUGUGCUUCGGUUUGCUCUAGUGCACUUUCCCCCCACUUGUAUUUUUUGAAAAAAUGUGUUUUUUUUUGCCUGGGUUUUCUCACUUUUAAAAAAAAAAAAAAAAUUGUAUCAAUGUGAAGUGUCUUUAUUUAUAUCCCAAAGGUUCAUUCAUUCAAAUUUUUUAUAUAUAAAAAUAUAUGUAUAAAUAUAUUUUUUAUAUAUUGACUCUAAACGGUUUGAAGUCCAAGGACACGUUUAGAUAUUUUAAAAAUCAAGAAGUUUGGAAGAAAAACUCAUUCGAAGCAGCUGGUUUUGCGUAGAUUAUGCAGUGGGUUACUGUAGUGUGAAAUGCGAGGGUGAAGGGCUGCUCUCUUGGUCUAACUGCCACACCGAUCUAGGAAGUGUGUUACUAGACUUUGAUUCCGCAAGGGCGGAACUGUUGGACUUGGUCACAAUGUCCUCCUGGAAUGCAAAUCCCAUUCAAAUCACGGCGACCUCAUGGCUUAUUAUUCUUGAGACGUAUAACGUGCAUGGAGAUAACCCUCCCGUCGACGCCGACCAAAAAGACCAAACCACGACUGCUCGUUCCUAAGCUUGAAAAUGAGCGAAUGAGGCAGACAGGCUACAGAGCAGCAAUUCACCCUGCUUGACGACUUUGUUCAGCCCAGGGUUUGUGUGCCCGCUGUCCUCUCGUUUAGAUCCACAGAAAUCAUGUAAUACCUUCUCGCGUUCUCUGUACGCACUGCCUUCUGAUUGGCUGAGAGAUGUCUGCAAUCAGCCAAUGCGUGAGAAGCUCUCCCCAGUGGCUGGAAGGCAGUGUAAAGUAUUUGGGUCAUAAACAUAGUGACAAGGCAUUUCUCAUUCACUUGUGAAGUAAAGUACGUUGUAUCAGUCAUUUUUAUUUGGCAGCUUUUAGUUUAUUUCAAAUGAUAAACUGACGAAGUCAAUAAACAAAAAGAUGUCCCGUUUCGGCCGCUAGCCAAUCACAAUGUUUCAAAGUAAAGGACGAAAAGAGGAAAAUUUGCAACUACACAGAUUGUAUGUCUGAAGGGCCGCUGCAGUGGCCACUAGGGGUGGAAUUCUAGGUAUUAGACGAUUUCUAUGGUUCAGGCUAACAGAGGCCGGUGUCAUGGGAAGAGACCAGCGUAAAUGACCCUGUGCUGCUUUUCAUUUUUGAUGUGCAUUUCUUUUUCUUUGACAAGGAUAUUCACAUCCCAGAUCGAACAGAAAACAUGGCUGCUAAGGAUUUAGAGCAGCUAGAAUCAGUCUUAAGAAUAGUCAGAGCAUGCCGAUUGUUCUGUGCACAGAGAACCCUGGGCUAAUCAAAAGAUGACGGUAGUUUAUAUAUAUAGGAAUAUAUAUUUGUAUCUCGACAGGACUUGCAGUGCAAAGUCCAGUGUAUUAAAUAUAUUUACAAUAAAAGUGAACCACGUUUAUUAAUUUCUUAA